AUGCUUAUUCCUGUCACAUAUCUACGCCUGUUGCAAAAUGGUGAUAGUUCGCAAGUGCAAAACGUUGCCGUACCGUCAGUAUUGUUCGUUCCGACACCAGAUUCAGCAUCUCUGAGUCGCUCGUCGUCUUCGAUUUCACCGUGUCCACGACUCACUUCUGAUUUAAUUUCUUCCCAGCACAAUGCUUCAUUUGGUCCAGUUAAUGUACUCUUGCGUAAUGGUACCACAGUUUGCAUUUCUCCAGCAGUCAGAAGAUCGGUGGAAUAUGCGGGUGAUUCUCGUUCGGUAAGACAGAUUUUGGAAGACAGCCAAUCCGACCAAAUUUUAUUCGAAAGAGAUAUCGUGCAAACACCUGAAACAAAUCUCCUUUCCGCAGCAGCAGCAGUACAGGGACAAGAACUGCUUGCUUUUGAAGUGCCGCUUCAAUCUUCAUCCCCGAUUGCAGCUCCUCCAUCAUCAUCAUCAUCGCCGGCGGCUGCACCAGCACCACAAACAGCGGCUGUUCCCAAUCACUAUUCCGGGGUUUGUACGCAUUUGCAGCCAUCUGCUAGAAUGCUUUUUCACAGGAACAAGUAG